AUGCCAAGAAGAACUAAAAGGAAGACAACAAGAAGGUCUAAAGAAGCACCUGUGCCUUCACAUCUUAUGUUCGAUUUCGGUGAAGAAAGUGAUGCUACUGAAUAUACCAUAGAAGAAGAUUCACUGCUACCAAAAUAAAUAUAAUGAUUCCAACUAUGAUAUGAGUGAAUACAGUGAACUGAGGCAUUCCUCAGUCUACAGCGCAAUUCGGGCUAGUAAGGCCAUCCGAAAUCCAGCUCUGAACAAAUAUGAUAUUAAAGAGUAUGAGAAGAGGUUGGAUAAAAGAAGCCAAAAUCAAGCUUUUAAGAAAUACUAUAUCAUCUCCCUCCUCGCCUUACUCUUCACGUUGGCUUGUGUAAUUUAUUGGAUGUAUAUGGAGAAAACAUUCAAAGGAUUUGGCAUUCCAACCAGUAAAUAAUUCAUAAAAGCUCUCAAAUUAAGCCUACUGCCUCUUUUUCGUCUCCUUAAUCAUGCUAAUUUUGGACCAAGAGUGGGAGAGAUUGCUGAAAAUAGUUGU